GACACAAACUCGGAGCGAUUAACACCGGUGCAGAUUUCCCUCCCAACAGUUAGUCCUGACAGACCUGACGAGCACGGAGCAAGAUGUUGAGGCGAAAGCCUUCAAACGUCUCCGAGAAGGAGCAGGUGCAGCCGAAGAAGAAGCUCACCCUGCAGAGGUCCAGCAGCUUCAAGGACUUCAUGAAGCACAAGCCCACCUCUCCUGUUGUGUCGGAGAAGGAGUUCGUACUGGAGGAUAAUGUCACAGAGGAUUUUCCACCAGAGGAAGCCGUGAAGAGCGGCAGCAAACUGGGGAAGAAAUGGCGAAACGUCAUCUCGCGCACGAUGACCCGCAAGACGUCCAAGAUGGUGCAGAAGGCUCUGGCUGAGGAGGGGGGAGAGUUUGGAGAGGAGACGUCUCCCAUCUCUGACUGGCUUCCGGUUCUGAGCGCAGGACAGAGGACGUCUGUUUGCUCCUCGGGGUCAGAGGACACCCUUCCCAGUCCCAUCUCCCGCCAGCUCUCAGGCAGUAGUGACAGACAGAGCCUGGACAGUGGAUACUGUCAGAGGGACAGCAUGAGGCUGGAGGAGAGCGGCGUCUCUUACACCGGACCCUUCUGUGGUCGAGCUGUGGUUCACACUGACUUCACCCCCAGCCCGUACGACAUGGAGUCGCUGAAACUCCAGAAAGGAGACAUCAUCCACAUCAUCGAGAAGCCCCCUGUAGGGACUUGGACCGGGAAGCUCAACAACAAGAUGGGCUCCUUCAAGUUCAUCUACGUCAACCUCCUGCCUGACGAGAGCCCCCCCGUCAGGAGGAGACGCUGCGGCAGCAAAAGCCAACGAGUCAGAUCCAAACCCAAAACCCUGGAGGAGGUGCUGGACAGCAUGGGCCUGACGGAGCUGAGUUCUUUACUGUCCAUGCACGGGUUCCAGAGUCUGGAGGACUUUGCAGGACUGAAGGAGUCUCACCUGAAUGAGCUGAACAUCACUGAUCCAGAGCAGCGCUCCAAGAUCCUGAGUGCCAGCGAGCUGCUCAGAGACUCUGAGGACGAGUCGGAGGCAGAGGAGGAGGCCAAGGAACCAAGGGACUCGGGCUGUUUCGAGAUCUUGGAGAACCUGGAGAGUGGACGUGAGGAGGUGAAGAGAGCGGAGGAGCUGCAGAGUGAAGCAUCAGAGGAGCAGACCGAUGAAGGAGGAGAGAAACACGAGCAGGAGGAAGACGAGAAACAGACAGAGCAGCUGGAGGAGGUUCAGGAGCAGCUGAAGGAGGUUCAGGAGCAUCCGGAGGAGGUUCAGGAGCAGCUUGAGGAGGUUCAGCUUGAGGAGGUUCAGGAGCAGCUGGAGGAGGUUCAGGAGCAGCUGGAGGAGGUUCAGGAGCAUGCGGAGGAGAUUCAGGAGCAGCUUGAGGAGGUUCAGGAGCAGCUGGAGGAGCUGACCCUGGAUGAAGGAUGUUGAGACGAAAUGGAAAAAUACUCCGACUGGUUUUAUUCCUGCUUCUCUGAGACUCUGAUGGAGAUUUAACAACGUGACUGUACCAGAGUUGGACUGACGAGAGCAACAUGAUGAUGAAGAUUGAAAUACUCUGUUCUCCUCAGUUUGAUGUUGAGUAAACUGUAAUUUGUCUUUUUGUUAUCAUUCUGUUAUAUUGUGUGAAGUUUCUGUUUAUAAUGGUACAAAUCCCCCAUUUCUCUUCUCUUCCCUAUGUCCUUAUCUCAUGUUUGCAUAGUGACUGUAAAUGUAAUGAAUGUAAAAUAUUUUCUGAUUAACGUGAGAGUUCAGUUUAAGUUUUGUCAGAGACGUUACAGUGAUUUUCUCUGACGUUUCUGAAGAUGCUGUAAAUAGAAUUUGAAUAAAACAUAAUUAAGUGA